AUGAAGCCCCCGCCUGGCUUCCUGCAUGCCAACGUCCUGACUCGGCUCAACUCAUCAGCAGUCUCUGUUCCUGGAGCCAACUCCAUCUUUACUGUAUGACAUCUCGUCUUCCAAUCUCAAACACAAUCCCCCCAGGGCCCCUGGUCCCACCCCACACCAUGCCAACCCUCCUGUCCUUCAGCCCAUCUCUGUCAGAUCUGAGAGCGUUCCUGAUUAGUCUUCAGUUCAGAGGCACGCAUACCCUCUUCUUGACCUUGAGGGCCAUGCUGGAAACAGACACAGAUGUCUUGAUGAGUCUCAGCAAAGAAAGUUUGACUUUUCAUUCCCUCUUAUGGCUGGCAGUGUCACAGCUUGGUGGGAGAAAGCUGGGUCCCAGUGCCUGGCUUCUUCUCUGCGCCAGCCCUGCCUAGAACUUCCACAGCAGACCACCUGAGCCUCUGUUAUUUCUCUUGCCCCAUCAGCUGGCACUGCCACAGUGCCACCAGGCCCAAUCCUUCCCUCCAUACCUCCAACAUCCAGAUGGACCAGGCCUCUCAGGUACGGCCCUGACUGACACUCACUCCUCCUGCUUCUCUCCCUCUCUCUCUUUCUCUCCCUACCCAACAGGGAGUGACAUCACUACGUGCACCUUUCCUGCUGCACACAAAAUUUACACACAAAAGUGUAACAUUUCACCCAAGGCGGAGAUGGGCAUUCCCAUGGCAACCAGGUCCUGUGGUAUAGGCAGGGAGAUUAGGCCAAGCCUGAUGCCAUUUGCAUACAAAUUGCCCAGCUGGUACCUUGUCGUUAUGACAACGGCACACAGCUCCCAGAAUGCCUUUGGAAGUGAGACACAAAGGCAAAGCAGCCGACCAGUCAUUGAUAAAAUUUUAGUUUUUUUCACAAUGAGAAUUGUUUGCCGACAAUGUUGUCAUUUGAAUCCAAUCUCCAGGGAUCUGUUUGAAAUAGUGAAAAUAGAGGAAGAGAGUACACUAUUUAAUGAAUAUGUGGAAAAAAUAUACCCAUAUAUAUUUAUUUUUUGGCUUAUUAUCGCAUAAAAAGUGAUAAUAGUCAUAAAUACAUCAAUCUGAAAUAUCUCGUAAAACCAAUAAUUUUAUGUUGCACAACAAUUAGAAAACAAAAUAAAUAUAUGUUUCUCUCUAACCAGAUGCUUUUUUUUCCAGAUGCUUUUUUUCCUAACUGGCCAUUUCCAAAAAUAUAAACAAUUAAAUUUUGGGUUGACACUUGUUUGAUACUUGAUGAUGCUUUUAUAAUGUAACACACAACAAUAAUCAAUUUGAAAUUCUCAGAGCUUUGCAGGAUCCCUGAACACCACUUACAACAUGUUGCCAUCUAGUGGUCUGUUCUGGUAAUGAAUCUUACACAAUAACAAGCCUCAUAACUAUAAUAUUUAGCAACAGAGCUCUCUCAUUUCCAUAGUCAUCCUAGCUCAGUGUAUUGACCAGCAGCUAAACAGCUGUGCUGGGCUGUACUGUUUGUUCCUAUGGGAACUUGUGAACCCUGCAUAGCCUACUUGUUCACCCCUGUGGUCCCUGUGGGGGUCCAGUUUAACCAUUGGCCUGUGUGCUGCUGUCAAGCCCUUGCAGGCUACUCAAUGCCUCCCCAGUGGGGAACAAAACAGCCCCCUACCUCCUUCCUAAUGGUUCCUGCCUCCUUGGGUUGACCUGCAGCAUUCUGGGAGAGUGAUUAUGUGAGGUCAAGGUGAGUAUGUCUGUACACAUUAAACCCUCCAGUUCCCCAUAAUGUUAAUGUUGCUGGAGAACCCCAUUGAACUGUUCUGUUACAGAUUGUCAGAGACAACCGGUAUAAACUGCUUUGACCUGGUUGUGAGAGACUUGUAUCAGCAUUACAUGGCUGUAUUAACCUGUGGCGGUGCUCUGAAGGUUGUGUGUGUGUGUGCGUGUGUAUGCUUACGUGUAUGUAUGAGUGUGUGUGUGUGUGUGUAGGGGUGAGAUACACCCACCUCUCGAGGGGGAGCAGAGUGGAGAGCUGACAUUCCCAGCCUCUCCAGCAUAUAAAUGCAGCAUCAUGCUCUCCAGGGUGAAGCUACCAGCUCUGUGGACUGGACACGCUGUGGAGCGCCUCUACAUCUGACCCCUCAGCACUCCACAAGGUCACAACUGCUCUCCCCAGCUCAGACCCAAGGCCCAGGCACAGCCCCUCUUACCUGCCAACCCCCAUCUGUUCAACAUGGCGACCCGGUGGGGACUCUGCGGUGUGGGGAAGAUCAGCCACGAUUUCAGUGUGGCCAUGAAAACCCUCCCUCCUGGAGAUCACCAGGUACCUCACUCCACAUGCUGGAUGUCUCUCUUGCUCCUGCCUCUGUCUCUCUCUCUCUGUCGGCACUGACAGCUUGCCUAGCAGUAAUGAAUGUCUGUGUGUUUUCCCCAGUGGUGUAAAGUACUUAAGUAAAAAUACUUUAAAGUACUACUUAAGUAGUUUUUUGGGGUAUCUGUACUUUACUUUACUAUUGAUGUUUUUGCCAAAUUUUACUUUUACUUCACUACAUUCCUAAAGAAAAUAAUGUACUUUUUACUCCAUACAUUUUCCCUGACACCCAAAAAGUACUCGUUACAUUUUGACAGGAAAAUGGUCCAAUUCACGCACUUAUCAAGAGAACAUCCCUGGUCAUCCCUACUGCCUAGGAUCUGGCGGAUUCACUAAACACAAAUGCUUUGUUUGUAAUUAUGUCUGAGUGUUGGAGUGUUCCCCUGGCUAACCGUAAAAAAAAAGACAAUUGUGCCGUCUAGUUUUCUUAAUAUAAGGAAUUUGAAAUGAUUUAUACUUUUACUUUUACUUUUGAUACUUAAGUAUAUUUUAGCAAUUCCAUUUACUUUUGAUACUUAAGUAUAUUUAAAACCAAAUACUUUUAGACUUUUACUCAAGUAGUAUUUUACUGGGUGACUUUCACUUUUACUUGAGUCAUUUUCUAUUAAGGUAUCUUUACUUUUACUCAAGUAUGACAAUUUAGUACUUUUUCCACCACUGUUUUUCCCCUCUUGUUCCAGAUAGUGGCGGUGGCUGCGAGGAGUCUGGAGCGUGCCCAGGAGUUUGCCAAGAAGCACAGCAUCCCCAAGGCCUAUGGGAGCUAUGAAGAGCUGGCCAGUGACCCAGAGAUUGGUGGGUUAACAGCUUGGGAGGGCCUGGCUGUGCAGCCACAGAUAAUGGCUUGGUGACGUAAGUGUUUGAAAAUCAGCCUCCAGCCUGUGUACUGUGUGACUGUCCCUGCAGACAUGGUGUACCUGGGCGUGCUGCACACGGAGCACUGGCGCGUGGGCCUGCUGGUACUCCAGGCAGGGAAGAACAUGCUGUGUGAGAAGCCCUUCGCCAUGAACUCCAGGCAGGUGGGGGACCUCAUUGCUGCCUCCAGGAAGUUCAACGUCUUUCUCAUGGAGGUGUGGGAAAGGCUCAUCUCAGUCUGUUAAAAUGAUUUAUUGCUUGAUUCUCACAAUUUGUACUGUUGUCACAUUACCGUAGCAAAUAUCAGACCUGGGUUCAAAUACUAUUUCAAAUAUCUCAAUGGCUUUCACAUACUGUACAUUCAAAGUAAGUUUUAAGAUAUAUUUUAUUUGAAAAGACAAGUAGUUAAAUAUUUUAAUGUAUUUGGAAAUACACUUGUAAAGUAUUUGAAAAUACUCAAAUAUACUCCCAUACAUUUAACCCAGGUAUUUGAAUAUGUUGUUUAAAAAAGGUAUUUGAAAAUACUCUCAAAUACAAUUUGGUACAAAUAAUCAUUCAAAUAAAAGUAUCCAGAUCCUCAAAUACACAUGUAUUUGAACCCAGGUCUGACAAAUAUAAGGCCGGAUUUUGUUGAUCAUAUGAGGGCUGUUGUAGAAAUUACCAAGUUGAGGUAUAGAAAGAAACUGUCUGUCUGUCCACUCCGUGAGGUGAUGGUCUCUCUCUGUCUUCUCCCAGGCCAUCUGGUCCCGUUGUUUUCCACUGCACAGGGAGGUUCGCAGGCUGCUGGCUGAGGACGCCAUCGGCGAGGUAAAGCUGGUGAAGGCCUAUUUUGGCUCCCCUCAGCUUCACAUCCCCCGCUCGGUGGAGAAGGAGCUGGGAGGAGGCGCUCUGCUGGACAUUGGGGUCUACACCUUGCAGUUUGUGCUGAUGGUGUUCAACGGGGAGAGGCCAGAGUCCAUCUAUGCCACUGGAGUUCUUCUCAACUCCGGUAUUAAUCUUGGCACCUACAUGUAGUACCAAAUGUCCUGUGCGUACUGGCCAGCUAACAAUCUAUCACAAGAUACUACUAACUGGUCAUGUAAGCCAAGUACUGGUCGUGUUAAACAGAUGGUGGGACAGGGACAAUGAGUUUGGAAUUGGGCACAACCCAAGGAUCAGAUUAGCAUUGGGGUCAGUAUUAACUAGGCCUACAACAAGGAUUAAUUAUUGAUUGAAGUGUAAAAAUAUAACUUGCUGUUUGACUUGUUGAUGGUUGACAGGAGUGGAUGAGUCCAUGGUGGUGGUGAUGAAGUUUUCCAGGAACAGGCUGGCUUUCUGUUUCUUCUCCAUCGCUGUUUCACUGCCUAAUGACGCCACCAUCAGUGGAACAAAGGGCACCAUCAGGGUAUGCUGCUACUGAAUCAACUUUUAAACUGCCCAGUCUGUUUUAUCUUCAUUUAGGGAAAAUGUAAUAUAGUGAUGAAAGAGCCAACAAAUGCUAAACAAUGUCUGAUAUACAGUAUGUCACUGAUUGAGAUUUCAUUGAGAUGUAUUAUUGAUUAAUUAAUAUACUGAUAAGUAAACACAUAUACCAUAAUGGCCAUGUUUCAUGUCCUCUUAGGUUCUAGGUCCCAUGCAUUGUCCCACCACACUGGAGGUGAAUGGGAAGACAACACAGUACCCUCUACCUGAGCCCUCCUUACCUCUGAACUUCACUAACAGCACUGGGCUGCGCUAUGAGGCUGAGGAAGUCAGGCAGUGCCUGCUCAAAGGUAUGGUGGCUCCCAAGGUCUUACCAGAGAAAAACAAAAUGUCUCUGUUCUAAGAUGAGUGUUUGUUUGAACAGAAAUACAACAACUAUCCAGUUGCAAUGCUGUUGGUAGAUCCUAGGAAAUAAACAGUAAAACUGUCAAAUAAACAAUAACAUUGUUGUUAUACCUGCUGCUUCCAACCUGAGCCUUUGCUUACAAUACAGUCAGUCAAUUUCUCCUUCUCUUCCCCAGGACUGAAGGAGAGCCCCAGAAUGCCCCUGUCUGAAUCGGCCCUGCUCACUGAGAUUAUGGAUGAGUGCAGGAAACAGGUGGGAGUGGUCUUCAACCAGGACAGCCAAUAACCACUCGCCACUCGACCAUGGUCCAUCUGACCUGUGCUACAGGGCCUGGACAUGGACAGAGCUGUGUGUGGCAGGAGGGAGGGAUCAAGCCAUUGAGUGUGUAUGAUCCACUCAUGACUUAGCCCUAUACAGCUUGCACCUGAUGUGAGACCAAUUUGAACACAAGGAUGAUAAAGACAAGGACGCCUGAGUUAGUAGGCUACUGUUAGCUGCUAAAACUGACAGGUUAAAUUAAGAGUACCAACGUCUGUUACUGUGAAGUGUAUGAUUGAUGGGUUCAAUAAAGGACACUGAUUGUCAUGGUGAGGUUUAUUUCAUGAGGUGACAAGUUCAUCCUAAGAGGGAGAUCAUCAGUCAGAAUACAUUCAAAUUGGAGAAAAAAUGAAUUGUCAUAGACACAUUGACAGACUAUAACCUAUUGAAACCUAUUGUCUGAGUAAACAAUGUAUUUGCUUCCCAAAGUCAUGGGUGGCAAACAAGGCGUGAUGAGUCAGCAAGUUUAUAUAUCGCACAACACAGGCUACCACAUAGGCUACCUUGGCCAGCUCUAAGGUUUCAGCACACCAAGCAGUACAUGGGGAAAUAAUGUAGAUCUAAAAGUAAUUUAAAUAUUUUAUAUUAAAGAUUUGAAGUGUUGUAGGCCUAAUCCAAAAUAUCAACAUAAGUUAUUCAUUAGACACAAUAACGAUCAGCACCAAACCUCGGAGUCUGUUAUGGGUGUAAGAUGGCACGUUACUGCCAUCUGUUGGUAAAUGUUCAUUACUGCAACACCAGUGUUUAAUAACGUGUGUGCUUGAUAUACCCGGAUGUCUUUGUAAUAUUCCGAACACAACUGGUUGGUUACUCGCAUCAAUGACGUUGUCUCGUCAUUUCAUCAAAACGUAGUCUGUCUCCACCUGCUGGCAAAUAGUUACAUGUCGUCUACGUUUCUUUUACACACCAAUAUGGCAACCAGGUGGGGAAUCUGUAGCGCCGGGAAAAUUAGCCACGAUUUCACAGUGGCACUGAAAACCCUACCUCUCGGAGACCAUCAGGUACUUAUACCGGUUUACAGUAGACAGUGAGACCCACCACCACAUACUUUAUUGUGUUCGUGUUCAAGCCUCAGUUUGCUAUCGUCAGCGUCUUUUCAAAUUAACGUGAAUGAUCUGAACUGUUUUAUGGUAAGAAAUCAGAAGGUUGAACUGCACCCAUGUAGUUAACUUUAAGUAGAUUGGAAAAGUUAUAAUGUGACAGACCCACUGUAAUGAAUUUUUUGAGUUGCUGACAUUACAUUAUUGUUUACUGCCACACGGUGUCCUCUGCACAGAUUAAUGGUUUACCGUAAAACUUGAACUAAAUGAACACGGGAAAUGUAAUAUAGAAGUGUGAAAGUGGUUUAUUUAAAAGUACCAUAGGCUACAAACAUGUUGAAAAUGUAAAAUGAUGAGUGAAUGAAAUAGCCCACCCUCUGGUCAUCCCUAGAUUGUUGCUGUGGCAGCUCGGAAACUACAGGACGCUCAGGAGUUUGCAAAGAAGCACAGCAUCCCUCAAGCAUAUGGCAGCUAUGAGGAACUGGCCAGAGAUCCAGAGAUUGGUCAGUGUCUUGUCUCAAACAUAAUCUAGCCAUGCCAUCAGGUGCUUAAUAUUUAUCAGAACAGUGUUUAUUAGUGCUUUUUAUUAUGUCAUUUUUCUAAACGGCCACAUGUUCAGUAAUAAGAUUUAUUCCUCUUCUAAUUCCUUAAAAUGUAUCCUUAAUCCUGUCUCCUCAUUGUCACUGUGUGUGGGUAGAGGUGGUAUAUGUAGGCACCAUCCACCCUUACCACCUGCCAGUUGGCAUGCUCUUCAUGAAGGCCCAGAAGAAUGUGCUGUGUGAGAAGCCUAUGGCCAUGAACCUCAGAGAGGUGCAAGAGCUGGUGGCCUCUGCUAAGAUGAACAAAGUCUUUCUCAUGGAGGUAAUACGGACUGUUACACCUGUGGCAUUAUUACCACGUCACAUACCCAGCCAGUGUUUCAACAGCACACAGGUGAAGGCGGCCCUGUGUGUGUGUGUGUGUGUGUGUUAAAAAUAAUACUUUAUUCAUCUUUAUUAAUGUCUGUGUGUGUAACCAUAGUGCUCUCCCUCCUCCUCCUAUCCCUCCUCCUCCUCCUCCUCCUCCCUCGAUGCUCCAGGCAGUGUGGACCCGCUUCUUCCCGGCCUCUCUGGAGAUCGAGCGCCUGCUGUCUCAGGGGGAGGUGGGCGAGGUGAAGAUGGUGAGGGCAGACUUUGGGGCGCCCCUCAUGCACGUGCCCAGAGCGGUGGAGAAGAAGCUGGGAGGAGGGGCGCUGCUGGACAUCGGCAUCUACUGCCUGCAGUUUAUAUGCAUGGUGUACAAUGGAGAGAAGCCUGAGUGCAUCCAAGCCACCGGUGUCUGUCUGGACACAGGUAGCGAGACAGCAAUGGGACACUUAGGAAGGAAUACUAGUUGUAGCUAUUGGGGGUACUAGUGGUGUACCUAUUGUGGAUAGCCUACUAAGUCCUUUAGCUAUUGGGGAUAGCCUACUAGUCCUUUAGCUAUUGGGGAUAGCCUACUAGUCCUUUAGCUAUUGGGGAUAGCCUACUAGUCCUUUAGCUAUUGGGAUAGCCUACUAGUCCUUUAGCUAGUGGGGAUAGCCUACUAGUCCUUUAGCUAUUGGGGAUAGCCUACUAGUCCUUUAGCUAUUGGGGAUAGCCUACUAGUCCUUUAGCUAUUGGGGAUAGCCUACUAGUCCUUUAGCUAGUGGGGAUAGCCUACUAGUCCUUUAGCUAUUGGGGAUAGCCUACUAGUCCUUUAGCUAUUGGGGAUAGCCUACUAGUCCUUUAGCUAUUGGGGAUAUCCUACUCGUCCUUUAGCUAUUGGGGAUAGCCUACUCGUCCUUUAGCUAUUGGGGAUAGCCUACAAGUCCUUUAGCUAUUGGGGAUAGCCUAGUCUCGCAGAUAGCUAUUGUAGAAGUUCAGAACACUGUGGUCAUAUCUUUAUAUUCCUUCACUUUUCAAGAUGUUCAUCCUUGUGUCAACUCCCUGCUUCUGAUAUACAGUCCUGUGGUAUCAGUGUCAGUUUUCUCCCUGUUGUUUGGUUUCUGUUGUCUGUUCUGUAAUCUUUCUUUGGGUUCACUCAGAGGUCAUUCCAUUGCCACUGAGGUUUAAAUUACAAGUGUCUUUACAACUGUUUAGCUUUAGGUUUAUAAUGGUUAGCUUGUAAAAGUUGGGCAACAGCUGUUUUAGUAUUACAUACUGAAUCUGUAAAUUCUGUGAUUCUUUUACCAGGGAGGGAGUAUGCCAGUCUUUCUAGUUUCUCUUAGAUAAGGCUUCACAAUCACCUCUUUAUCACUUUUACUGGAGGAAAAUAUUUCUUAGUGCUAUUCAGGUAGUCCAAAAGUGAAAUAUUAAUGACGCACUGCAAUGACAGUGCUACUAAGCAAGUGCAUGCUCCAUACAAUGUAGUGAUGUAAACCAGUGUUUACUUUAGUUUGAGUGGAUGAAAGGAUCUGUGAAAAUGACAUGAUGGAAGAACUAACAUAAUGUUAGAGGGAGGGAAAGUGUGUCAAUAUGUGUUGAACAUGUUAAUACUGUAGGUGUAUUUCUGUAUUUACCAUGUCAUUGUGUUUGUGCUAGGAAUGGAUGAAGGCAUGGUUGUCACGCUGAAGUUCUCCAGGAACAGAAUGGCAGUGUUCACCUGCUCUAUUGCUGUUAUCGUUGGCACUAAGGGCACCAUCAGGGUAGGUUCUACAAGAAGGGCACACUCCUCUAAAAACACAAUUGAUGCGUUGAAUCAAUAGAGCAUCAUUGCUAAUUCAAACCACCUACUAACCAUAAAGUAUAAUAAUACAGUAUGUAUUCUAAUGUAGGGGUGUACACUGUAUGUGUUAAUUGACCUAGGUUCCUGAGCACAUGUGGUGCCCUACCUCCCUAGUAGUGAAUGGGAAGGAGACUCAAUACCCUCUGCCUGAGCCCUACCUGCCCCUCAACUUCAUCAACAGCACUGGGAUGCGCUAUGAGGCAGAGGAGGUGCGCCAGUGCCUGCUCAAAGGUACACUGAUGAGACCAUAGAUAUAACAUUGUUUUUUCUCUAUCAACUAUUCCCCAUGUAUGUGUGCAACAUGGAUUGGCUUUCAACUAGCUCCCCACCUCCCCUAAAUGUUGAUGCAGUUACAGAACCAUGUCUUGUUUACUCAGUAUGAAUUCACCACAAGAUGGCAGCAAACCAUCUGAAAUGCCCUCAACAUGUCUCUCUCGACAGACAUUCAGCUAGCUUGAGACUUCUGUUAUUUAAUUUUUUUGUCAUUUAGCAGACGCUCUUAUCCAGAGCGACUUACAGGAGCAAUUAGGGUUAAGUGCCUUGCUCAAGGGCACAUCGGCUGAUUUUUCACCUAGUUGGCUCGGGGAUUAGAACCAGCGACCUUUCGGUUACUGGCACUAAGCUCUUAACCACUAAGCUACCUGCCGCCCCAGACUACUCCACAGACAAAAUAAACCACUGGCAAAUUCAACAAUGGGCCUUUUCAUGAAAUAAUAAUAAUACAAAUAUUUGUGUGGAGAAACAGAAUAUUUGUGAGAUGAUUUGCAUACCGCCCCAACAGAUCCACAGAUGGCGCAAUCUCUAUUGCACUCCACACUGCCCUUUCCCACCUGGACAAAAGGAACACCUAUGUGAGAUUGCUGUUUAUUGACUACAGCUCAGAGUCCAACACCAUAGUGCCCUCCAAGCUCAUCACUAAGCUAAGGAGCUUGGGACUAUACACCUCCCUCUGCAACUGGAUCCUGGACUUCCUGACGGGCUGCCCCCAGGUGGUGAGGGUAGGCAACAACACAUCCGCCACACUGACCCUCAACACGGGGUCCCCUCAAGGGUGCGUGCUCAGUCCCCUCCUGUACUCCCUGUUCACCCACGACUGCGUGGCUGCGCACAACUCCAACACCAUCAUUAAGUUUGCUCUGACGACACGACGGUGGUAGGCCUGAUCACUGAUGACGAUGAGCAGUGUGGUGCCAGGACAACAACCUCUCCCUCAGUGGGCAAGACAAAGGAGCUUAUCAUGGAGGGCCGAACACGCCCCCAUUCACAUCGAUGGGGCUCUAGUGGAGCGGGAUGAGAGCUUCAAGUUCCUCGAUGACCACAUCACUAAGGACCUACAGUGGGGGAAAAAAAGUAUUUAGUCAGCCACCAAUUGUGCAAGUUCUCCCACUUAAAAAGAUGAGAGAGGCCUGUAAUUUUCAUCAUAGGUACACGUCAACUAUGACAGACAAAAUGAGAAUUUUUUUUCCAGAAAAUCACAUUGUAGGAUUUUUUAUGAAUUUAUUUGCAAAUUAUGGUGGAAAAUAAGUAUUUGGUCAAUAACAAAAGUUUCUCAAUACUUUGUUAUAUACCCUUUGUUGGCAAUGACACAGGUCAAACGUUUUCUGUAAGUCUUCACAAGGUUUUCACACACUGUUGCUGGUAUUUUGGCCCAUUCCUCCAUGCAGAUCUCCUCUAGAGCAGUGAUGUUUUGGGGCUGUCGCUGGGCAACACGGACUUUCAACUCCCUCCAAAGAUUUUCUAUGGGGUUGAGAUCUGGAGACUGGCUAGGCCACUCCAGGACCUUGAAAUGCUUCUUACGAAGCCACUCCUUCAUUGCCCGGGCGGUGUGUUUGGGAUCAUUGUCAUGCUGAAAGACCCAGCCACGUUUCAUCUUCAAUGCCCUUGCUGAUGGAAGGAGGUUUUCACUCAAAAUCUCACGAUACAUGGCCCCAUUCAUUCUUUCCUUUACACGGAUCAGUCGUCCUGGUCCCUUUGCAGAAAAACAGCCCCAAAGCAUGAUGUUUCCACCCCCAUGGUUCACAGUAAGUAUGGUGUUCUUUGGAUGCAACUCAGCAUUCCUUGUCCUCCAAACACGACGAGGUGAGUUUUUACCAAAAAGUUAUAUUUUGGUUUCAUCUGACCAUAUGACAUUCUCCCAAUCCUCUUCUGGAUCAUCCAAAUGCACUCUAGCAAACUUCAGACGGGCCUGGACAUGUACUGGCUUAAGCAUGGGGACACGUCUGGCACUGCAGGAUUUGAGUCCCUGGCGGCGUAGUUUGUUACUGAUGGUAGGCUUUGUUACUUUGGUCCCAGCUCUCUGCAGGUCAUUCACUAGGUCCCCCCGUGUGGUUCUGGGAUUUUUGCUCACCGUUCUUGUGAUCAUUUUGACCCCACGGGGUGAGAUCUUGCGUGGAGCCCCAGAUCGAGGGAGAUUAUCAGUGGUCUUGUAUGUCUUCCAUUUCCUAAUAAUUGCUCCCACAGUUGAUUUCUUCAAACCAAGCUGCUUACCUAUUGCAGAUUCAGUCUUCCUAGCCUGGUGCAGGUCUACAAUUUUGUUUCUGGUGUCCUUUGACAGCUCUUUGGUCUUGGCCAUAGUGGAGUUUGGAGUGUGACUGUUUGAGGUUGUGGACAGGUGUCUUUUAUACUGAUAACAAGUUCAAACAGGUGCCAUUAAUACAGGUAACGAUGUGGAGGACAAAGGAGCCUCUUAAAGAAGAAGUUACAGGUCUGUGAGAGACAGAAAUCUUGCUUGUUUGCAGGUGACCAAAUAUUUAUUUUCCACCAUAAUUAGCAAAUAAAUUCAUUAAAAAUCCUACAAUGUGAUUUUCUGGAUUUUUUUUUCUCAUUUUGUCUGUCAUAGUUGACGUGUACCUAUGAUGAAAAUUACAGGCCUCUCAUCUUUUUAAGUGGGAGAACUUGCACAAUUGGUGGCUGACUAAAUACUUUUUUCCCCCACUGUAUCAUGGUCCAAACACACCAACAGUUGUGAAGAGGGCACAACAAUGCCUCUUCCCCCUCAGAAGGCUGAAAAGAUUUGGCAUGGGCCCUCAGAUCCGAAUCUAUGGAUUUCACAUGACUGGGCAGGGGCGCAGCGAUGGGUUGGCAUAGAGCCAUGCCCAGUCAAUCAGAAUGAAUUUUUCCCCACAAAAGGGCUUUAUUACAGACAAAAAUACUCCUGUUUCAUCAGCUGUCCUCAGACGAUUCCGCAGGUGAAGAAGCCUGAUGUGGAGGUCCUGGUGUGGUUACACGUGGUCUGCGGUUGUGAGGGCGGUUGGAUGUACUGUCAAAUUCUCAAAUGGAGGUGGCUUAAGGUAGAGAAAUGAACAUUAAAUCCUCUGGCAACCGCUCUGGUGGACAUUCCUGCAGUCAGCAUGUCAAUUGCACACUCCCUCAACUUGAGACAUCUGUGGCAUUGUGACAAAACUGCACAUUUUAGAGGUGCCUUUUGUCCCCAGCACAAGGUGCACCUGUGUGAUGAUCAUGCUGUUUAAUCAGCUUACUGAUAUGCCACUCCUGUCAGGUGGAUGGAUUAUCUUGUCAAAGGAGAAAUGCUCGCUAACAGGGAUGUAAACAAAUGUGCACUAAAUGAGGGGGGGAAAAAAACAUUGUGCAUAUGGACAAUCUGUGAUCUUUUAUUUCAGCUCAUGAAACCAACACCUUACAUGUUGCGUUAUUUUUGAUCAGUAUAUAUAUAUAUUUCAGCAGAUCUUUUUAACUGCAUUGUUGGGAGUGGGCUCGUAAGUAAGCAUUUUGCGGUAGUCUAACCCGGUUGUAUUUGGCACGUGACCAAUUGUUUGAAUUGAUGAGUGUUCCUGGCAAUGUGUGCUCCUGGCAGUGUGUUAGAAUGACGUAGUCUGUCGGAAGACAAUGCAAUUUCUGGUGAUUAUCUUGUGUCCUGUAGGCCUGAAGGAAAGCCCCAGGAUGUCACAGGCAGACUCUCUGCUCCUGGCUGAGGUGAUGGAUGAGGCACGCAGGCAGGUGGGGGUGGUUUACAGCCAUGACCAACAGACCUCGGUCUAA